UGGACGUCUUCAUGGCUUCACCUCUGAAAGCGGGCUUUCACAGACUGGAGAUCCAGAAUACGGCAUGGGACGUUCCAGACCGAUACACGUCACUCAAGCCCCUGGGCUCCGGAGCCUAUGAGACAGUUUGUUUUGCAACUGACCAGAAGACUAAGGAAAAGGUGGCCAUUAAGAAGCUAUACAGAUCAUUCCAGUCUCUGAUUCAUGCUAAACGUGCUUACAGAGAACUCCAGCUGCUCCGUCACAUCCAACAUGACAAUGUGAUCCGCCUUCUCUUUGUCUUCACCCCUGAUUACUCGAUGGAGAAAUUUGAUACUUUCUAUAUAGUCAUGCCAUAUGUGGCUCAGGAUCUUGGCAACAUCAUGAAGAGGAAACAGUUAUUCAGCAAAGUCAUCACGUACCUCUUCUAUCAGAUUCUCAGAGGACUCAAGUAUAUUCAUUCUGCUGGGAUCAUUCAUCGGGAUCUUAAGCCUAGUAACCUUGCAGUGGAUGAAAACUGUGAAUUGAAGAUCCUGGACUUUGGACUUGCAAGACACACAGAAACAGAGAUGACAGGUUAUGUGGUGACACGCUGGUACAGAUCCCCUGAGGUCAUUUUCAACUGGAUGCAUUACACUCAAACAGUUGAUAUAUGGUCUGCUGGCUGUAUCCUGGCAGAGAUGAUAACUGGAGAGGUGCUUUUCCCAGGCAAUGACAGUAUUGACCAGCUGAAGAAGAUCCUGAACCUAACAGGCACACCAAAAUCAACACUUGUUCAGAAAAUGCAAAGCAAAGAUGCUCAGUCAUAUGUCCGGUCACUCCCAGUACAAAGGAAAAAGGCUUUCAAAGAUGUAUUUCCUGCUAUGAAUCCUAGUGCGAUCGAUCUGUUGGAAGACAUGCUGGUUUUGGAUCCGGAGGUCAGAAUUACAGCAAAAGAUGGCCUGUCACACCCAUAUCUCUCUGAGUUUCAUGACCCUAAAAACGAGCCUGUGUCACCUCUAUAUGAUGAUUCUUUUGAGAGUUUAGAGCUGGCCAUCAGUGAAUGGAAGAGUUAGAGCACACAUAUACCCACACAAGAUUGAGCUUCUUAUGUAUAUAUUAGCAGGUGCCGCCCUACUCUGUUUAGUCACCAAAGGUAUAAUUUAUGGGUGGGGUGGGUGUUUCAUGUCCCUACCACUUUUACUUUGGCCGAAUUUGGCCCUACCACUUUUUGAAAUAGCUUUCAUCAGUUAAGUGUCUAACGCAGAAGAAACAUUGCCAGUUCUUUAGCAGGAGUUUCCAUUUCCAUUUUGUUUGUGAGUGUUGUAAAUGGCAAACUGUUCUCGCCACUUUUUAAAACAAAGUGACACCCAUGGCUUGACAUUAUUCCAGGUUAAAGCUGCUUUUAUGUCUCACAGGCCUUAUCCACAUGGAGAUCAUGACAUUUGACACAGACAACCCUAGAGUGACUGCAAUGUAACAAUUCUUCACACUGGAAGAGCAACACUCCAAAGAUUUACAGAACUAUUGACUUUUUUUUAAUCAAACACUGUUAGGUAGCUAUCUUUAAAGCCAAUAAGUAUUGACCUAGUGUGUGAAUCAACUUUUAAAGCAUUUUAAAUAUUUUACGAUAAUAGUGUUUUUUGAUUUUUUUGUGUGUUUUAUGCCUUUUUCCUUUCUCAAUAUUGAUCUAAUUAAGAAGCAAUUUCACAUCCCCAAGUGCUGCUUUUAUGAAAAUGUUAUUCUCUAUAAUGAAACCUGUCUAAAAUAAUUAAUGACACAAAAUGCGAAAAUUAAUUUAAAGCCACCUUUUGUAAACAUACCUAGAACUAGGAAUAUUUUUUCCAGUGAUACACUGUACUUUAGUUAGGU